UCCAGGCAACAAAGAUGAAUGUUUGAUCUGUAGAACUCCUUGUCGCACAUUAGUACUUUCGAAACAGACAAGUCCUGAUAUUCAGUCACUGUUCAUGGGAAUUGACACGUUGUGCAAGAAAUAUUCAAAAGAAAUAACACAGGUUUCAGAAUUUCAAGAAAAACACCGUAAACAUUUGUUAGCAUACCAGAGACAAAAGACCUUAAAGCUGGAAGAAUCUCUCAAGAAAGUAACGCAACAAAUGCAUCAAAUACAAUGUGUGAAACCUCCUGAGAGAAACACACAAGCAGCAUUUCCCAGUACAAGUAGAAAUCCACUUUCCAAUCCUCCAAGAAAGCAGAGUAGUUAUCCUUCGUAUUCUCUUCACCCUAGUCAUCCUUCAGCUUCUGAAAUAGUGGAGCCAAUGGAGUUUGAUACUUUACCUUCACCAAUGAGGAAGCCUGAAACACCAACUGGUCCAGCAAGAUUAUCAUUAAUAACUCCACCACAAGAUGGACGUAUGGGAAGUGUAUCCUACAGAACUUCUCAGUCAUCUGGAAUAAUAUCAAGUCAAAAUAGCAGAGCAGGAUCUACAAGAUCCACGCCUAUAAGACUACCACAUAGUUUGUGUUCACUCACAUCAUCAUCCUCUGGAUCACAAAGCAGCAGCAGAAGAGGGUCAUGGGCUACUUCUGACUUCAGAACCCCUCAGCUCUUCCCAUUUACAUCACCUUCUCCACAGCCAUCUGCAACAAGGCAUCCAAUCACCAUCUCUGGACUGUUGCAAAGACAACAUUUAGGAUCUACUACUUUUGGAGGACAUUAGACAGAAAGAUGAACAAACAUAUGUGAGUUAUGUCAGUCAAUAAGCACCUGGAGGAACCCUACAGGUCCUUGGACAUCAAAGUAUUUGUCAUUUCUGUACAAUGUCCAGCUGGCACAAAUCACUCAUGAAUACAUGGUUUUAAAUACACUGUUCAGCAUGAAUAAUGUAUUUAAAACAUCACUAAUCUCUCUGAUUAGUAUCUACAGUAGUUUUAGACAGGAGCACAAAAUCCCCUGGCUAGUUUUAGAGAUUUUAGCUCUAAAUAUAUUGUAUAAAUAAAGGACCUGUAGUAACUGUUAAGACAAAAAGAGUAUAUAUGAAAUGAUAAUUUCUUGCUGUGGAUUCACUGAACUACAGAAGAACUGUAAUUU